AUGGAGGGCGAGGAUCGGGUCGAGCCCGUCGAGCACGUGGAGCCCGUCAAGGCAAUGGGCUUUCACCGUCUGCCUGCGGUGCAGACGGUGCAACCACGACUGCCAGAGGCCCCACCCAACGAUGUCGGGGCUAAAGGUGGGACGAAAAAGGAAAAUCCAGAAAGCAGCGUGCCCUUCGAUGCAGCAGCUAUGACCAGUGAAAUGUCACCGACUUUUCGUUUUUUCAUGGAAAAGUUGGCCCAUCAGCAUUUAGUCGAGCUGUCGGGGAACACAGCCAUUGGUGUUGGCAGUGUUGGCACUGCGUCGUUGGCCCGCGGUCUGGCCUCGCCGAAAGUGUAUGGCAGCAAGGUGUCCAGCGGCAAAAUGUCACCCGACAACUCUGGUCAGGAAGGCUCACAACUGGGAUCGCCUGCUUCGCUUCCAGAGGAACUCCAGGAGUCUGGCCGUCGAAAGCGGCGGAUCUCUCAACUGAUGUGUCAACAGCACAAGAAUGCCACCAAGGUGAAAGCAAGUAGGAUCAUGCAGACCUUCGAGGAUUUAGGCCCAAUCGAGCAGUCGGUUGAACUCGCAGCAGAGGCUCCCAAGAAGGAGACUGCGCUGGUCAAGCUGCAAGUUUUUUUGCAAUCUUCUUUCUACGAAAUGUUGGUGGCCGGCUUGCUUUGUGUUUAUGUCCUGUGGCUGGGUGUCGAGUUGCAAAUCUUCGGAGCGAAAAGUGGAUAUGAGCUUGGAGUUCUGGAAGGCACGUUGAUCCCCACAGCAAGCCUUGCGUAUUGGGACUCCGUUGUGUUUCCUGCCGUGGACCUCAUGUUCACAGUAGUCUUUACAGCGGACGUGGUAGUGCGCAUGGCCGUAUUGGGUAGGGCUUUCUGGAAGAUUGCCCUGAACUACAUCGAUGUCCUGGUGACCCUGGCUGCAUUCGCGGAACUGGUUUUCUUUUGGGCUUUCAGAACAGAGAUGGGCGUGAAUCCGAUGCUUUUUCGCUUGCUGCGAAUUGGCAAGUUAGCGCGAGCUAUUCGGAUGGUAGCUAUGAAUAGUGUGCUUCAGUCUUUGCAGAUCUUGACGCGCUGCCUGGCCUCCAGUACCACCAUGCUGUUCUGGACCUUUCUCUUGCUGACCUUCUUUCAAUGCGUUGCUGGUCUCGUGGCUUCUACGCUCUGUCGCGAUUUCAUUGAGGACACCACGCAGGAUGUGAAAGUGCGGGAAGAUGUCUACAGAUACUACGGAACGUUCACUCGCACAUUUCUGACGAUGUUUGAGAUACUGUUUGCGAAUUGGAGUCCACCGUGCCGUGUGCUUGUGGACAACAUCAGCGAAUGGUUUUCCCUUUUCUUCCUGGUUUACAGGUGCAUCUUGGGUUUUGCAGUUCUGAACGUUGUCAAUUCAGUUUUUGUGCAGCAAACCAUGCGCAUAGCAACCAGCGAUGAGCAGCUGGCUUUCAAGAAGAAGGAGCAGGAACUCGCUUCUUACACUCGCAAGGUGAAGAACUUGUUCGCCACCAUGGAUCAGUCUGGGGAUGGGGUCAUCAACUUCGAAGAAUUUUCCAAACUGGUGCAAUCGCCAAUGCUUCAGUUCCUGUUGAGCCAGUGCCUUGGAACAGCUAAGCAGAAAUCAUCGCGAGUGCUGGGAAAAUGA